CACUCCCACUGAUACAAUGAUUCGCAACUAUUCCUGUUCCAUCUUGGACUCCGUUAUUAAUAAAAGUUUCAUAGCUCCUGCUUAUUCCUCUCAAAGUGAAGAAUUUCUCAGUAAAUUUUUUCGAGAAAGUUUGUUCAUCACUAAAAAAGUUCUCUUGAACAAGUUACAUCAUGAACGACGGCGGUCACAAUCCCAAUGCUCAUGGCGGCUUCAUAACUGCAGACGAGCUGUCCUAUUUCGUGAGAUUAUCCGCCAUAUAUGUAAAUCAUGGGUGCUUGAAUCGUGGGUUUUUAUUUCCUUUAUGUUGAUGUUCCAGGUUAAGGAACACAUCGAGCUGUGUAUUCAGAGAUGCAUGAGCUUAGAAGAAACAGAGCAGCAUAUACAGAGCAACUUCGGGAUCGAAUCCGUGGUCGUCAGACGCUUGUGGAGGCGACUGGAAGACGAAAAUCAGGAAUUUUUCAGGUCGUACUGUAUACGAAGGAGGCUCGUGUCUGUGGUAAACAGGUUCAAUGAUCAAUUGGAGAGACAACAGGAAUUGAUGCGAGAGACGGGAAUGCUCGAGAGGCCGAAUCACGAUGCCGCAAUAUCUGGCCAAGACCAAGAGCAGGAGCAAGUGCAACUGCAACUGCAACCGCAACCGCAACCGCAGCUAAUUCUUCAGUGGUUGCAAACGCAGGAGCAAGUGCUAAAUCAACAGCAACAGCAAAUUCUUCAGCGGUUGCAAACGCAGACGCAAUCUCAUUAUCAUCAGCAGCAAACUCAGGUUCUUCAUCAACCUCAGAUGCCUUCUCUUGGUAAUCUUCCUCGCAAGGAAAUUCUCUGACUUUUUCUCUGUUUCUCACCA